CCCGGCCGCGGCCGCCGGGGCGGGAGCGGGGCGGGGGCCGGCGGCGCUGCCCGGCUGAGGGCGCGGCCCCGGUAAUUCCCACUGGCAUGCGGUGCCCCGCUCUGGCAUGAGCCCCCCCCGGCAGGAGGAGCGCUGUCCGGGCCCCGCCGCUUUCCCUGGCCGCCGAUCGGUGUCGGGAGGAAAAGGCUGUCGCCGACUAUCGCCGCGGAGCAGCGCCAGACGCCGGACUUGGGACGCAGGUUUAGCACACUGGAAGCAUGGCUACAAGUGCCGUUCCCAGCGAAAACCUCCCCACGUACAAGCUGGUGGUGGUUGGAGAUGGUGGCGUGGGGAAGAGCGCUCUCACCAUUCAGUUUUUCCAGAAAAUUUUUGUGCCAGACUAUGACCCAACCAUUGAAGACUCCUACCUGAAGCACACAGAAAUAGACGGGCAAUGGGCAAUUCUUGAUGUUCUGGAUACUGCAGGUCAAGAGGAGUUCAGCGCAAUGCGGGAGCAGUACAUGAGGACUGGAGAUGGUUUUCUUAUAGUCUACUCGGUGACGGACAAGGCUAGCUUUGAGCACGUGGACCGGUUCCACCAACUGAUCCUCAGAGUCAAGGACAGAGAGUCCUUUCCAAUGAUUUUGGUGGCGAACAAAGUUGAUCUAAUGCAUUUACGGAAAAUUACAAGAGAACAGGGAAGAGAAAUGGCAACAAAACAUAAUAUUCCCUAUAUAGAAACUAGCGCCAAGGACCCACCUCUAAAUGUUGACAAGGCCUUCCAUGAUCUCGUGAGGGUAAUAAGGCAACAGAUCCCAGAGAAAAGCCAGAAGAAGAAGAAGAAGACCAAAUGGCGAGGGGACAGAGCCACGGGCUCCCACAAACUCCAGUGUGUGAUUUUGUGACAGGACUGCCUGGGAGUGCCUUGGAUGCCUCCCUCCUCCCCCUCUGACCCACCGCCAACCCAGGCGAGGAGCAGCAGCGGCCCCGCCGCCCCCUCGGGCUCCCCACGGCGGCCUGGGGGGGUCCGGACCCCCCCCCCCCCCGGAGCAGGGCUGCGCGUCGGGGGCCGGCGUGGGAGCCGUGCAAACGGGAGGCGGAAGGGAUCAGCAGGACCUCGACUCUCAAACAUCCCCAGCGCCUUCCAGGGGCCUCCAUGAUGUUUAUUUAAAAAAAAAAAAAAAAGAAAAAAAAGAAAAAAAAAAAAGAAAAAAAAAGUGUUGGUUUUAUCUGCAAAAUAUUUCUCCUUGUGACCCAUUUCUGAACAGCCAUGAAUAGCCCCCCUGUUUGGUACAGUCAUCUGUGUAUGUGUGGGGGAAGGGAAAGGGCUUUUCUUUCUCUUUUUUUUUUUUUUUUUUUUUUUUUUUUCAUCCUCUUCUCCUUUUUCGUUGUUUGCUCAGCGAGUGUUGGGUUGCAGAGAAACACGGCUGGGGUUAGAUUUUUUGCACUGAACUCUCUCUUUAGGCAGCAGUGCCAAAACACGACUUCAUAUGAAAGUGCAUAGAUUUGGAGGAAGAAAAUUAAUUCCAGCUGCUCUGGGUGCUCCAGACAUUGUGUCAGACUCUGGAGGGCAGCCAGCUCACAGACCAUAAACUCCAGUUUAGGAGAGGAGGUUUGAGCUUGGAUUAUAUUUUUUUUUAUUACCCUUUGUCAAGAGGUUUUGUUUCUGUUUUGUAAUUUGGGGCAUGUCAAAGUUAAGACAUUUUGUUAACCUGAAAGUAUUUAAAUUAAAGUAAUUUACAAAUGGAA